GUCUCGUCCGUUUUCCUGGGUUUAGGGUUUUAGAUCACAUUACUCCGCACUCUUGGAGAGCUUGUGGAGGAAUUAUGCAGAGUUGGGGUUUUCCAGGUUUUUCUGUGAGUUGGGAAAGAUGGCAGACGAUCGUAAUAGUGCGGUACAUUUGUCUGCAGAGGUGUUUGCUAUGAGCUUGGGAGAUGACUCCGAGAGGGAGGAUUUCGAAUUGGGCUCUGAUGGUGUAGAAGAGGAUGUAGAGGACGACAGUGACGAUGAGGAGUUGAUGGUGACUCUUGGGUUCGUGCAGGCGGUGGAGGAGCCAUGGAAGAUGGCAAGGCAGCAUUUCCCGUGUAAGAUUGGUGGAACGCCGGCCUGGCUGGAUCCUAUCAACAUACCUGAGGGAGACAACACUCAAUGUGGAAUUUGUGACAAUCCUUUAGGAUUUCUCAUGCAAGUGUACGCGCCCAUUGGGAUUGACGACGUUGGUUACAGAGAAGAAGUGUUUCACAGAAGCCUCUUUCUCUUCGUUUGUCCCAACAUGGCAUGCUUGCAGCAAGACCAGCAUCAUCAACUCAAGAAAAGCCCGGAGAGACCUUGCAGAAGUGUUAAGGUGUUUCGGUCGCAGCUCCCCCGUACCAAUAGGUUUUACGAUUACGAUCCUCCUAGUAGAGACAGCUCACCAGCAACCGAAGCAGUGCCUGUGUGCACUUGGUGUGGUGCCUGGAAAGCGACUAGCGUGUGUGGAGGGUGUAAGCAGGCUAGGUAUUGUUCCCGAGUGCACCAGCUUGCGCAUUGGCGUGGAGGCCACGAUUCGUUUUGUCGUGUUGUGCAAGCAGAAUUAGCAUCAAAUAAACAAGAAUCCGAACUCAAGUUUGUGCAGAACCCAGAGAAUUCCACGACAGACGCUGUACGAACCAUGGUCCAGGGUGUGAUUACUAGGGUUACAGACACGCUGCUGAAAUCCGGCAUCGCUAAUGCCAUCAGUGACAAGAUAUGGCCCGAGGUGGAGCUCAUCGUAGGAGAAGAAGAAGACAGCAUGCCUAGUGAUGCCAUCAAUACGUCAAGGAACCCGCAGCAAUUGCUACAGGAUUACGAAAUUCGAAGAGAAAACAACGGUGAAGAAUUCACUGCUACUGACAUGGAAGAUGUGGAGGAGUCUUCUCGCGAGCAACAAAAUUGGGCAGCUUUUCAGGCACGGCUGGCUGGAGCACCCGACCAAGUGUUGAGAUACUGCCGAGCGCAGGGUGCCAAGCCCUUGUGGCCCUCACUUGAAGGCCAGCCCAAGCAAAGUGACAUAACCCCUUGUUUCAACUGUGGAGGACCUCGAAUAUUUGAGUUUCAGUUGCUGCCGCAGUUGCUCUAUUUUCUGCAAGUGCAGAACGAGACGGACAAUGACUCUCUGGACUGGGCCACUAUUGCUGUCUAUUCGUGUGCUGCAUCUUGCAACAAGUCAGACUCUACAUGUGAAGGUUAUGUGGAAGAGUUUGCAUGGGUGCAGCUGGCCGUCUCAUGAGGUUCGAAAUCAAUCGAGCUGUUUUACUCACUGAUAAGUAUCCUUCACAAGGCUGAGUCUAUUUCAUCAAAGCCUUGAAAUACCUUGAAGUUCAUUCUUAUGGAUAGCGAGUUAGAGAAUGCAGUUGGGACAGAUCUCUUGCUGUUUGAAGCACUUACUCUCCGGACCACGGAGGAGUUGACGAGUGAUUACAAUUCUACAGACCAUGAAACCAGUUCUUGGGAGCUGCAUCAAAAUCCAGCAAGAUUGGGUACGUUGCAAAAUUACAGCUUCACAAUUGUUCUCCCAUUUGCCUUUCUGUGGUAUCAGUAAAGGAAUGACACAGUACUGUUAUUUAUGUCUCUGCAUCGCCUUUGGUUAGGCUUCAAUGAUGUGGGAUUCAGCAGGAUGAAGGCAGCAUAGGUGCAGGAACAUGGAAAUAUGUAGCGAUGAUGCUGAAUGUAGUUUCUGAAGCUGUAGAAAUGGAUAUGGAAUCCACAUUGUGCAGUGAUGUUCAGUUAAAACCAAAUGGAUUUGUAUCAUUCGCUUGCACUCGUAACUCGAACAACAUUAAUAGGAUGGAUGGACAUGUAUAUAUAUAUAUAUAUAUUCAUUGCUCAUUGGAACUUGAAA